CUGUCCCCUGAACUGAGUCUUUCCCCUUCAAACAAGACUGGCCACUCAAGAAGGUAAGUCUCACCACGCAACCUUGAUCUCUCCUAUAAUGUUUCGAAAAGCUAACGCCCCUUCGAAGCACAUUCAAGAUGUGUAUAGGACGCGUCGAUCAAUACCACUGCGGUUGCUACACCGAUCCCAAGGUCUUCCGCUGCGAGCCCGCGCAGAAGAAGAAACCAUGCGACGGUAUUGGUCCUCUUAUUACAGCCAACAUUCUCAGCUUCUGUGAUGUCUGCAUGGAGCGCCGCAAGAACAACACCCUAGAGCUUAAGCGCAUCAUCGAUGAAUCUCGAAAGAUUGCAGAUGCAAAGGCUGAAGCUAAGGUCGAUGCUAUCAGAGCUGCUGAGCACCAGGCUGCCAUCGAUGCUAUUGACAUCAACACCCUUUUCACUGGACGACUCUCUGGACGCAACGCUACCGAUGGUGAUGAGACGACUGGCAUCGGGCUUGCUGGGGUGUCCAGCUCCCCAGGCGACGAGAAGGAUCGCAAUUUCUCCCUGACUGAUGGAUCGCAGAAGGAUGUUGCUGAGAAGGGCGAGGUUGAGCACACUGUCAAUCAAGCCAACGAUAACGAGCAACUCCAGCCAGCAUGCUCUUCGAAGUUCGCCAAAGUUGCCAACAAGGUUUUCUGCGGAUGCUUUAAGAAGGGUUGACGGACACUCAGAAACACUGGUUCUUGGCAUGGUGGUAAUCGCCUGGGGAAUAGAGUCUACUUCAUGGGUAGAGUCAUGAUUGUAAAGGCUUGGACGGAAGCAAUUGACUGAUCUGCAACACAAACAGAAGCAUGCAUACUCUCGAAUUUGAUACUUGUG